AUUCCCUAUAUAAAGGGUGGUUUUCCUACGAUGCGACAGAACCAAUUUAUUUAGUCAAGACACACUAGCCAAAGUAUUAUCCUGUCGGUCACCAUGAAGACCCUGGUAUGUUUGAUGCUGAUCUCAGUGGCGUUUGCUGCCGAAGAGAAGACGGUCCAAAAACGUGGACUGUACUCGCUUGGGGAUUUAGGAAGCUAUGGGGGAGGAUAUGGUGAAGAAUAUGGAAAGAUCGCUAUAGCUAUCAAAGAGAAGCCCGUUGCUGUCCCAUAUCCAGUACCGAAGCCAUACCCAGUCGCCGUCGACCGCCCGUACCCAGUUAAGGUGCCAGUUGAGGUCUCCAAGCCGUACCCGGUUGCGGUCCCAGUGCCCCAACCGUACCCAGUAGUGCAGACCAAGACUAUCACGGUCCCAGUCGAGAAGCCAGUCCCUUACCCAGUUAAGGUCCCAGUUCCAGUUAAGGUCCCCGUUGGCGUCCCGUACCCAGUUAAGGUUCCAGUCGACAGACCGUACCCAGUUGCAGUUCCCCAGCCCAUUCUCGUUAAGGAAAAAGUCGCGGUCCCGCAACCCAUAAUCCUCAAGGAAAAAAUCGCGGUCCCCCAGCCCAUCCUUCUUAAGGAAAAAAUCGCGAUCCCGCAGCCCAUCCUCCUUAAGGAAAGUUAUGGGAAGUACGAAUGAAUUUUCUCUCCCCCUCUUCUCUCGAACAUCUCUGCCACACCCAGUCCUCGCCUAACCACUCCACAGCAUCGCAAAAGACAUCAUGACGAGCGCCGUACCAAAACAAGUUCUCCUCCUGCCGUAGUAACAAAUCAUGCAAAUAAAUUGAUUUUAUAAAUCUUUUUUAAA